CAGUGUUUGGCACGACGGCGGCUUCGAUUUGGAACCAAAUGCGACGCCAAUUCUAAAUGGACUCACUUUUCGAAGUAAACAAGUGCAAACGUUGUGCCACAGGAUGAUUAAACUGCAUCGACCAACGGAUAUUGCAUCCUAUUACAAUUUUCGUUGCGGCGAUGUUCUCUGCGUUGGCCCAACCAGUUAUAACGUCUGCUGCGCGCUUUGUGGUCAGCGGGUGCCAUAUGAUGGAUUUCCACAACACUUCCGACAGGAGCAUUUGAUGGGAAGGGAAACGGCGACGGAGACGGAGACGGAAACUGAAGACUGCAAGCUGUUCAAUGCACAAGAGGCACAAGAGGAACAACAUCUGGAUGCGCCAGUGGAGGUGGAGGAGGAGGUUGAACCAAUGACAAUCAAGUGCGAGAAUGAUCCCAUUGCACACGAUGCAAGCAACGAGUCCAAUCAUCAUGUGCAUGUCGAUUUGGCGCAAAUAGCGCUGCUCGACCAGGAUCAGGACCAGGAAUACGAGACUGACAAGGAUGUAGACGCAAUUGCAACGCGACGGCGACGACGCGCCACUGUAUUAAAGACCGAAAAUAAAGCACAGUGGGAUGAAAAUCAGCUGGAGUGGAUGACAGCGGAGGGCAGCGAAGUCAAUGAGGAGAAUUCAGCGACUGACGAUAAUGAUGAGCAGGAGGACAACACCAGGGACAUGCUCUUCCAGUGCGAUCAAUGUGAACGGGCCUACAACACCAAGCGGAGCCUGCAGAGCCACAAGCGCAGCAAGCACAAUGAUGGCAAGCCAAGGAGCAAGCACAUGACUCCAAUGGAUGCAGCAGGAUCAGCGCUGGACAGGCACAAGAAACAGCGCAAGGGUCCGGCUAAGAUCUACAAAUGCGCUGAGAUUGAAUGCAAUCAAACGUUUCGCACGGAGCGAGAUUUACGUGGUCAUCGCUGGAAGCAUACGGGCAUCUUUUGCGAUAUUUGUGGUAAACCCUUUACCCAGUCCGGCAAUAUGAUGCGUCAUCGUCAGCGGCACAGUGGCAUUAAGCCCUACAAAUGCCAGCAGACGGACUGUGCAGCCACAUUCUAUACGCAAAAGGAACUGACAUCCCACAACAUUUGUCACACCGGACGCAUGCCGUGCAUCUGUGAGAUUUGCGGUCGUCCAUGUCGUGAUCGGGGCGUUCUUACUGCCCAUAUGCGUCGACACACUGGGGAACGGCCGGCCAAGUGUGAGGUGUGCGACAAGUCAUUCUAUAGCUUCCAUGAUCUUAAUGUGCACGCCGUCUCUCACACGAAUCUGCGUCCGUUUGUCUGUGAUGUGUGCGGCUCCACGUUUCAGCGCAAGAAGGCGUUGCGUGUCCACAAGCUGUUGCACUCGGAGCAGCGUAAAUAUUGCUGCAAGCUAUGCAAUAAAUCAUUUGCUCAAUCCGGCGGAUUAAAUGCCCACAUGCGCACCCACGAAUCCGCAAGAACAAAGACUAAAUCAAAGUCCACAUCGCUGCUCACAGCAUCCACAGUGGUAGAGCUAACGACUCCCAUCCAAAUUACAAUUGAGCAUGAGAACGAGAAUGAGAUUGGGAAUGAGAAUGAGAAUGUCAGCAACGAGGAGAUGCUGCAAGAGGCGGUCACCAUUGAGCUGAUACAGGAGGAGCAGGCAUCCCAUGUCGAGGUUGUCGAUUUGGCGUCUGCUGGCAGCUGGCAUGUCACAUAAUUCAAGCCAAAUUAAUCUUAAGCUCCAACAUAUGCUAUGUAUAUUUUAAUGUCUUUGUGUAAUGGGGCAAUUGCAAUGUAAAUAAGCCAACAGUGAGUGCCAAUUGUAUGCGCUUAGUAAGAUUAAGCUCACUCGCAGCUUUCAUGUGCUUUUAAAGCUCUUUCCAGCAAUGUUAGCUGUUGAUAAAUAAUAAAAAUUCGAUAAUAGCUCUUUAGAUUUUGCUAAAAUUUAGAAUUGCAUUGUAAAUAUGCUUACAGUAAGUGCGAAUUUUAUGCGCUUAGUAAGAUUAAGCUCACUCGCAGCUUUCAUAUGCUUUUUAAGCUCUUUCCAGCAAUGUUAGCAGUUGAUAAAUAAAAAAAUUGGAUAAAAGUUUUUUAGAGUUUGGUAAAAGUUAGAAAUUCAUUGUAAAUAUGCUUACACUGAGUGGCAAAUGUAAGCGCUUUGUACGAUUAAGCUCACUCGCAGCUUUCAUCUGCUUUCAAAGCUCCCUGUAGUGUUCUAGUGUUAAAACGUAUUAAUAAUGCUCCAGUUAUAUGUACAAACCUAAAACAUGAUAAAAAGAACUACUACUAUUACUA